UGGCGAUGUUGUCACUCUACUACUUGUCGUUCCUUCGAGACUGGGAGACAGCUUCGACCUACAGCUGGGGGAGUGCGACUCUUGUUUUUUUGUAUCGGCAGCUAUGUCGAGCAUGUCAGCGAGAUUCAAGACAGAUUGGAGGCCCGCUCAUCCUACUACAGUUGUGGUCGUGGGAGCAUAUUACUAUUGGCCGACCAUACAUUAGGAGGCCUCGAGAUCCGCCACAGGAGGACCCUGAGGCUGAGGAUGAGGAUGACAUUUUGGGGACUCAGCAUCAGCGAGGUGUUGACCCUUUGGCGUGCAGGUGGUUACGUGUCCAUCUAUCGUGUGCGCAUACUGCUUCUGGACUACCAUACUACAGAGAUGCGUUUGACCAUCAGCGCGAGGACCAGAUGAUUUGGCAGCCAUAUACUGAGGCGGUGAUGGAUCGACUUCCGGAGAUUUGUCGCUCAGACAUGCACAUUUGGCGUUCACGGGCACCUCUGAUAUGCUUUGACGUCGUUGAGUUCCACCUCCCAGACCGAGUCCUUCGUCAGUUCGGGUUAGACCAGCCGAUCCCACAGGAUGUAGACACGGACGUUGCUCUACACAGGAAGGAUCGAAGGGGACAGCGUAAUUGGGAGAUUCAGCAUUCGGACCAUGUACACGAGUGGAGUCGACGAGAGGCAUUAGUCGUCCAGGGAUACCCGUUCACUGGGACUUCUAGGGUGGGGCAGUCACACCUUAUUCAGCAGCCUCGACCGUCCACGUCUUCAUCUUCUACUGUGCACACUAUGCCGAUCAGACCACCACCUCAUCGUGGAGGCCAUUCAGCACGUGCCUUCCGUCCACCGACUCCUUCUCAGCAUACUAUCAUGACAUCUCCUCCACUAGUGCAUCGCCAGUAUCAGAGAAACCGACGGCGUAGCAACACUACGUCUGGGGUUGGAGUUGGCCUGGAUGACAUUCCAGAGGAGACAGCUGCAUCAUCUUCAUCGUCACCUCAUGGGAAGAAGCAACGCCCGAGCUAAGUGUAUAUUUUGGAACUAAACUAAUUUUUUUGUAAAUGCUUAGAAUUGGAUUUUGUUAUAUUUAAUCAAUUGAAAAAUAUUCGACUUUGCAA